GGAGCUUCAGUAGCCGCUUGUACGUCGACCGGAAAACUUUUCACGUUACGUCGUCCUUAGACGCGCAGCGCGCCAUCGUCGGCGAGGGAUCGCAGGGGGACUCGCAACCCCUCGAUCGUUCGGUGUCGAUUCUUUUUUUUUUUUCAUCUUCGAAAGUUAUCGCCGUUAUCAGUUAUCAGUUUAUGACUCAAAAAUUAAGCGCGAACAAUCGCAAAAAGAAUUAAGGAACAGAAUUCAUCGAGGAAUAUAUAGUGCAGUGUCUGAAUCAAUGAAUCGUCUCCCGUCGACGGAUCUCGGAGCCUGAAAGUGUCGAUAUGAAGGCAGAUCUGUGAUGGAUGAAUGAGCGCGCGCGCGUAUAUAUGAGUGUGUAAUCGAGACGAGAGCAUAUCCAAGCAUCAUGCCAAGUGCCGCGAGAUAUCGAGAUGCGCGUUCUACCCUUUCCGUGUCGCUUCUUUGCGUUCUUCUUGUCGUCAUUACCGGCGUUCGUGGACUACGUAAUAUAUCGAUCGACAUUCCAUUGGCAGUGGCAGCUGGUACAACAGUCAACAUGUCCUGCAGAUACGAUCUACAAUCGGACACUCUUUACACUGUCAAAUGGUAUAAAGGCUCAGAAUUUUUUCGUUAUGUUCCCAAGGAGAUGCCACCGAUUGCAGUAUUUGGAGAACUUGGAGCAAAAGUUAUAAUAAAUCAAAGCAAUGCACAUCAAGUAGUAUUGAAGGAUGUACAACCCAAUCAUACUGGCAAAUAUCGUUGCGAAGUCUCCGGAGAUUCUCCCUCGUUUACUACCCUAAUGGUUUAUAGUUACAUGCACGUAGCAAGUCUGCCAGACGGCGAUCCUCAGCUGCUGGUCGAGAAAACGCGAUAUGCAGUCGGUGACACUGUACGUGGAAACUGCACAGUACCAUCGGGAAAUCCUCCGGCUAAUGUGACAUGGACUGUCAAUGGGAUACCGGUAAAUUCGAGUUUUGUCAUGAAUAUCACGAUCAAAGUUGGUGACAAUCAACAACAAAUGACGAUUGCUGGAUUGGAUUUCGAAACAAUGCAAGAUAAUUUUAGCAACAGCAGAUUACACAUUGUUUGUCACGCUAAUGUCUUUCAUCUGUAUCAAAAAGAGGCUGAUGUAUUUCUGAAAGAAGAACGUCCCAGAUUGGCUUCUGUAUUAGGAACACGAGAAUCUUCCUACACUGGUAAUGCAGCCAAAAAAUCUGUAGAAUACUUUUACAUCACUGCCAUAACUACACUAUUACUAUGCAGUUUGAGAUAACAUCAAUAAAGUCCACAAUACGUUUUACGCGCAUGAUUGUAUCGAGAAGAAAGGAGUAAAUCGUUUGUAAAAUUUUGAAAUUAUUAACUGGAAUAAAAUCUGAGAAGAGAAAUCUUUUGUUGAAAUAAAUACCGAGAGUAUGUUAUUCGUGUAAAUAGGAUAAAUAAGAAUUUAGUGAAUUCUAUGUGUAUGCGAUCUGAAUCUGCCUUUCGGGCGAAUUUGUAAUCCAAUAAAUAUAACAUGUCAUGUUAUUAUAUAAUAGAUCGACGAAGUUUUGCGCCAAACGACUUGUUUAAAAAGACAUUGUACUGCCAUACAUUGCACUACUUGAUGUGUCAACGACUUAUUUAAAAAUUGUACUGCCUACACAUUGUACUGCCUCUUUUCUAUUCUCUAACAAUGAUUUUGAUACCUCCUCUAUAACAUUGUAGUCAACACAAUGUGUCUUGUUUAUAGCUAAACAUUGUUAUUGUUUAUAAAUAACAUUUUAUUUCAAUGAAGUAUGAAUAAAUAAUUCACCUUCGUUAUUUUAAUUCUCAAUAUUAACCUGAAUCUCCUUUAAUAUAUCUCCCUUAAUUUCAACACAAAAAGCUAUUAAUUAUUUAGCAAU